AUGCAAACUCACUCUUUCUCCUCAUACAUAUCCUCUUGUGAGAGUAGUGCCUUCUUAGAACAUGAUGACGAGGUUGUUGAUGAAGCCUCCAUUUCACUCUCCCUUGGCCUUCCUGGCCAAUACAACAACCCCAAAGUCCCUUCCUCAAAUAACCACUCUGCUACUACUCUGCAUCAUCAUCAUCAUCAUCAUAGACAGCAACAAAACCCUACCUCUGAUGAACAACAGAGUGGUGUAACAGUUGCACUUCACAUUGGCCUUCCCACAACUUCAUCACCAAACACCACCCCUACUAGCAAACCGGAUCAUUUGGCUUCUGCUCCGGUUCAGGGUCAAUAUUGGAUCCCUUCUCCUGCUCAAAUACUCAUUGGACCAACACAGUUCUCUUGCACAGUCUGCAAAAAAAUGUUCAAUCGUUUCAACAACAUGCAGAUGCAUAUGUGGGGACAUGGGUCACAAUAUAGGAAAGGACCUGAAUCAUUGAGAGGAGCAAAACCAGCUUCUUCAAUGUUGAGGCUUCCCUGUUAUUGUUGUGCUGAGGGUUGCAAGAACAACAUAGAUCAUCCAAGGUCAAGGCCACUCAAGGAUUUCAGGACCCUUCAAACACACUACAAAAGGAAGCAUGGAGCGAAGCCAUUUGGGUGCAGAAAGUGUGGGAAGCCAUUUGCAGUGAGAGGUGAUUGGAGGACACACGAGAAAAAUUGUGGGAAGCUUUGGUUCUGCAUUUGUGGUUCUGAUUUCAAGCACAAGAGGUCCCUUAAAGACCAUGUUCGUGCCUUUGGUGAUGGCCACGCUCCACACACUGUGGAGAGUUAA